AUGGAUAGGAUGAGUGUGUUGUCAGAUGACUUGAUCUUGAAGAUACUGUCUUUCGUUCCAUCGAAAGAUGCAGUGACCACAACCCUUUUGUCAAAACGUUGGAGUGACCUUUGGAAACAUGUGCCAAAGCUUUGGUAUACUGAUCCACAUAAAGACACUGAGCAUUGGAGAGCUUCACGUUUUGUUGACAAGUUUUUGUUGCUACACAACAAGGCUCCUGUCCUAGAAACUCUGCAUGUCUCAGUUAGUCGAAAUUGUCCUCCUACAGAUAUUGAAACAUGGGUUCGUAUUGCAGUUUCUCGUGGUCUGCGCAAUCUUCAAUUUCAUCAAAAUAGACCCUGUGACGCGCCAAUAAGGUUGCCUAGGAGCCUGUAUACAUGUGAAUCCCUUGUGACUUUACGUCUACAUCACGCGAUCAUUGUAGAUGUUCCUUUGAAAAUUUGUUUCCCGUCACUCAAGCUUUUGGUGCUUAUAGCUGUGGAUUUCUCUAGCGAUGAAAUUUUUUUAAGGCUUUUAUCAGGUUGCACUGUCCUACAAAAACUAGCAAUGGUUAUAUGCAGCUAUGGCAACGUUAAGAAGUCUUUCACAAUCGCAGUUCCUUCAUUGGAGAGCUUACUAAUCAUGGACUCGAAAUCUGGUUCACAAGUUCCAGGAGAUGAUGUUGGGAUCGUGGUCAAUGCUCCUUCUUUAAAGUUGUUAAAUAUUGCUAACCGGUUUCAAUGGGUUUGUUCAUUAGUGCAUCUGCCAAAGCUCGUGAUAGCUAACAUCAAGCUUCGAGUUGGUAACCCUACGAAGCUUCUCGGAUGUCUUACCUCAGCCAGACACCUUUCCUUAUGCUUGAAAAAACCACAAAUGGAUUCAUAUCCUAUAGGCGUCUUUACUCAGCUUGUGUCUCUAAAACUCUGUGCAUGUUCUUCAGAUUGGUUGUGUCUUAUACUCAGACAGACUCCUAAACUCCGAGUUCUCCGAUUCCAACUUCAAGUAAUAUUGAUUCCGUGCCUCCAAAACAUUAAUGAGAGAUGUUUCAGCAGUACUGGAGAAGUCCAGACUCAGUGGGAGCGACCGAGUUCUGUUCCUAAAUGCUUGAUUUCGAGUCUAGAAACUGUCGAGUGGAUUGAUUACAAAGGAACAGAAGCAGAGAAAAAAGUGUUGAUGUAUUUGUUAGAGAACUCUAGAAAGCUGAAGAAGAUGGCUAUUAGACCUUUAAAAUCAACCAUUUUGGAAGACAGAUACAAGAUGCUGCAAGAGGUAUCGUCUAUGGAGAGGAUUUCUAGCAAAUGUCGGCUUUGGUUCACCUGA